AUGGCCGCCGGCCGGUUUCUGCCGCUGGCGGGCCGCCGCAUCAUCGCGGCCCUGUCCCAGCCGUCCGCCCCCUCUUCCCGCGGAAUUUUCCUCCCUUCUAUUGCGACCGCAGGCUUGAGGUCCCUCCAGACAAUCAUCGACGCGAGCAGCAACGUGUCGAAUGAGCGUCGCCAUGACCCGGAGGAUCACAAGACCGGCACCCCGCCGCCGCCGCCAGCUUCGGUCCCUGCGGCAGCGGAGUCGAGCUUCAAGGUCAGGGACGCGUCGACCCUGAAGAUCUCGCCGAGGCACGACAUGGCGAUGAUCUUCACGUGUAAGGUCUGCGAGACGAGGUCCGUGAAGAUGGCCAGCCGGGACUCGUACGACAACGGGGUGGUGGUCGCCCGCUGCGGCGGCUGCAACAACCUGCACCUGAUGGCCGACAGGCUCGGCUGGUUUGGCCAGCCGGGGAGCAUCGAGGACUUCCUGGCGGAGCAGGGGCAGGACGUGAAGAAAGGCGACACGGAUACUCUCAGCUUCACCCUGGAGGACUUGGCCGGGUCUCAGGUCAAAUCCAAGGAACCUUCUGGUGAAAAUUAG